AGCAGAAAGAAGCCGUCGGCCGUGUCUCGCUGUCACUUCGUACAACGCAAACCUACGUAACAAAAAUAACAAUACAGGCAAAUCUAGGGGACAUUGCUUGCGAUAAACACACACAACAGCGCGGACCCACAAACCCAACAUCGAAUAUCAGGCCGGGAUUGAGCUCUAUUUUUAUGCAGUCGACCGAGGCCCUCGGUGGCCCGCUACACGGCUAGCGAGAUCCAUUAUCGGACGGGUCUGUUUAGCUCUCAGAUCAAGACAUUAACGCUGCUUGUUCAACAGCAAUCAUUUAACUUGUUCACUGUGACAAAAUUAGCAUUCCGUUUUUAAAAGUGGCAACGUCUGAAUUCCAGUUCCAGCACGAGUAUUCAUCUUGACGGUUUAUGCAACACUUGACCCAGUACUGUCUGUCGUGUAAGACACUUUUACUGCAAUAUUACAAUCUUGUUUGGGUUAAAUUACACAUCUAUGUUUACACGUAACGGUGCAUAUAAGUCAUAUUUGGACCGGAGGCAGUAUUUGCUACCUUCUACGACCUGAAAACACCCCAACAGCAGGAUUUUCGUUUCUAAACACACGCAGAAGGUAAACAAGUUGCGACUAAGCAGUGUUUGGGGGGCAGCAUUGCACCAGAGAGCUUAUGAUGGAUGAUGAAUUAUGAAUGACGUUUCCAUGGCGACAUACAAACUGAACUAAAGUUGCCGUUGCAUUGAGGAGACAUGCACGCCAACAAGUUACCGCCUGUCAGCAAACGCAACCUGCAGGACCCCUGGGACCACCGGCGUAACUACCAGCUACACCGCACCAAGGUAAGCUUCGCCCUCCCAGUGGUCGACACGAAGGGAACGAGCAAGCCCGCUCACAUGCAACGCAACUUGAAAAAACAGCAGCUGCAGGAUGAGCGUCGGGCCACCAUUGAGCGAGACAACCUCCUGCUGGCCUCCAGCCUGGCCCGCAUAGAAGCUUCAAGAGGCCUACUGGACCACAAGAACCAGUACCAGCCCAUGAGUCUGAACGCUGACAAGCGGCGGGCGGAGCUUCUGUUGGUCAGUCGGCAGAAUCUGAACAUCUACCAGCGAAUCACAGCGCGUCAGUCCGAGUACCGCCGCCAGCUGUGGAUGAGCGACUGGGAGAAGGCGGAGAAAAGGCGGGUCAAUAUUUCCCGUUACCCACAGGGCCCCAAACAGAAGUCAAACAGAAAGUUGAAGUUUGCGGGCGUGGAAGAAAAUGAAGAGACGACUCAUUAAUUUGACGGUCGUUGCUUCACCGAACAAAAUGAACGUUAAGUUUUUCUUGCUGUACAAGAAUUGUACAUUCAUGGAAGCAGGAAAAUAGUAAUACAUAUGUCACCUAUAUAUGUCAAGGUACAUGAGAGAAAUCUGAAAAAUAGAUUUUCCUAAAUUAGUUCAUGUUAAUCUGUCAUUCCGUAUGUAUCUAUUUAUUAUACAAUAUUUAUCUGUUUUUUAUGGAAGUAUUAUUGUAGCAAAAUUAUUUGCAAACGCGUAUCUCAACUAUGUGUCUGUAAUCCGAUUCACGUGUCAGUGUACUAAUUUGUGUGUUUGUAUCUCAAUCUGUGCGCGUGUAAUCAAACCCUUUUUUGUGUGUCCACACUUUGAUUUGUGUGUGUAAA